AUGUUGUCAGUAGACGCUGGUGGCAACUUUCGGGGAAGCCUUUCGAAGAAUGGCGCCGUCCGUUACAUCUCAAGGGGCUCCCAGAUUGACGCGCUGAACUACUGGCCGACAGAGUACAUGAUCUGGAGCCCUUGGACAUCGAUGUGGUUCAAUGUAUUGGGCCUCUACCUGGUAGACGAAUCACUCGAAAGUUACUCUUCAGAUUUCAACAUGACUAUUGCAGAGGUGCAUGAAUGGAGCCACACCUACAUCAAUGUCACUUCCAACGUUCCUGUAGGCAUCCUCGGCCUGGGAAGAGGCAUCAGGGAAAACUACGAACAAGCCCGGAUCGACGAAGGGAUUCCUCUCGGAAUCACCGACCAACUCGUCAAGAACCAAUCCAUUACAUCGAAUUCAUGGUUCAUGCACCUGGGCAGCAACCUGCUGAACCAAGCAAUCUCUCUGUCUUUUGGCGGAUACGAAAAGAAUCGUGCAUUGGGAAGAGUUGCGACCUUCAGGCUGUCCCCAUACGGCGCCUUUCCACUUGCCUUUCUCAUUGACAUUGCCCUGGGGGUCGAAUACGGAGGUUCUCCGUUCCCGCCUGGCCAGCAACUGGGCAGCGUAUGGGAUGCGGACAACAUCACCAACACUCAGAAGGACAUGGUAAAAAUGUUCAGUGGCCCCCCGGGCUCCCUCAUGGUCAAUCCGGACGCUGCAUUUCCGUACCUGUACCUGCCGCCAAGCGUCUGCGCUGCUGCGGCCGCGUACUUGCCGGUUUACUUCCACAACGACUUGGGCUUGUACAUUUGGAACGAGACCGGCGACUCGGAGCGCGUCAACCGAAUCGUGAACUCUCCAGCGUACAUGAGUUUCGUCUUCUCUGACAUAUCAGCGGAGAACCUCACCGUCAAGAUACCUUUCAAACUACUCUAUCUCAAUGUCUCUCCCCAGAGGAACGGUUCGAGCGCCGACAUGCGGUACUGGCCUUGCAAGCCGUUGGACAUAGAAGGAUUGGUCAUGACGAGUACUGACCCCAUAUCUCUCGGGAGAGCCUUCUUACAGGGUGCGUUUAUUGGGUACAAUUACGACAGAAAGAGGUUCUACAUGGCGCAGGCACCAGGGCCAAACGUGGGGCAGAGAGUGGCUGUAGAUGACGAUGCCGAAACCCUUAGCUCGAACCCUGCCGAUUAUUUCGCAGAUACGUGGCGGGGAUCGUGGACAGCACUUGAUAAUAAUUCGGACGACGGGGGAAUUGGCGGCAGGAAAACGGCUGGGAUCGUCGCCGGGGCCGUCGCCGGGAUCUGCGGGGCAAUCGGUGGAGGGUGGUGGUAUUUCAAGCGCCGUCGACAACAAGAAAAUGAGCAGAAUGCUGCUGCUCAGUCCGGAGAUGAGUACCAUGCGCUCGGAGGAAAGCCAGAGUUGGACGGAGACGGUAUCCCGAUAGCUGAGCUACACCCUGACACAGCGAAACGAGAACUGCAGGUGCUGACGGAGCUGCAUUCGCCAUCGCACCGGGAUGAGCUGGAGGUAGAGAACAUGGUGUACGAGAUGCCCGCCGGAGAUGUCUCGCCGAGCCUUAUAGAGCAGCCAACAAGUCAUGAGAAAGGGGAUCAAUCACCGCAGAAGCCGAGAGACAUAGAAUGA